GUGAUGGUGCCGCCGGGGUCGCAGGUAUCUAGACCACCUCCAUGACUGGAUGAAUGGAAACUCAGUGAUUUGAAUUAAGAACCAACAAGGGAUUGUCCUUGGACUUUGUUCUUUAUAACACACUCUUCACAUACUUUGCACAGCUCUUCUUGCCAUUAAAACCUGCACUGAAGUUUUAAAAAUGAAGCAAUUGAAAAGGAAAAGGAAAAGCAAUUUUAGUGUUCAGGAGACUCAGACCCUUUUGAAAGAAAUUACCAAAAGGAAAGAAGUCAUUUUUUCUAAGCAGCUCAACACAACGAUAAAUGUGAUGAAGCGAAUGGCCUGGGAGGAGAUUGCACAGUGUGUAAACGCUGUAGGAGAAGGAGAACAGAGGACGGGGACUGAGGUGAAGAGACGGUACCUCGACUGGCGUGCACUCAUGAAAAGGAAGAGAAUGAAGGCCAACAUGAAGCUGGUUGGUUCUGGGUUUCCUCUGCCCACAUCUGAUUUAGAUGACUCUCUCACUGAAGAGAUAGAUGAAAAAAUUGCAUUCCGAAAUGAUGCAAAUUUUGACUGGCAGAAUGUGGCAGAUUUCCGGGAUGCAGGUGGAUCCCUAACAGAGGUCAAAGUAGAAGAAGAAGAAAGGGACCCACAAAGCCCAGAAUUUGAGAUAGAGGAGGAAGAAGAAAUGUUGUCGUCUGUCAUACCAGAUUCCAGGAGGGAAAGUGAGCUCCCUGACUUCCCUCAUAUAGAUGAGUUUUUCACCCUCAAUUCCACACCGUCCAGACCCACAUAUGAUGAGUCCCAUCUGCUCAUGAACAUAGAAAAACAGAAACUGGAGCUGGAAAAGCGCCGACUGGAUAUCGAAGCAGAAAGGCUGCAGGUGGAAAAGGAGCGGCUGCAGAUAGAGAAAGAACGGCUGCGCCACCUGGACCUGGAGCAUGAGCGCCUGCAGCUGGAGAAGGAGAGGCUGCAGAUCGAGAGGGAGAAGUGGAGGCUGCAGCUGGUCAGCACCGAGAAACCCGCCCUAGAGAAUGAACUUGGCCAGGGGGAUAAGUCCACGCUGCAGCCACAGGACAUAGAAGCAGAGAAGUUGAAACUUGAGCGAGAGCGCCUGCAGUUGGAGAAAGAUCGGCUGCAGUUUUUGAAGUUCGAAUCUGAGAAGCUGCAGAUCGAAAAGGAGCGCUUGCAGGUAGAGAAGGAGAGACUGCGGAUUCAGAAAGAAGGGCAUUUGCCUUGACUGUUCUCCAUCCUCUUCUUAGCAAAGAUUUAUGAACUGUAGCUUUUCCCCAUCAGUUGAUGUAAAAGUGGUUGGUGGAUUAGCUACCCCAUCACCACCCCUGUCUAAUGUCAGUGUUUUGGGUAGGAGAAAAGAUAGUAACACAUAGGUAGCCACAUGGUUCAGUAGUAUAUUCUAUAAACGCUCUGCCUACCAUAAACAGAUAGCAGAGGAUCUGCUAGACUUUCACAUUAGUGAUACUGCAUAGAGUCCUGUCUUAUUUGUGCACCCCAAAUUAUUUAAUACAAUAAUGUCUACAAUAAAGUUCCCAUCCAGUGAUUCUCAAGUGGAGUUUGGGCACCCAGAAGACAUUUUGGAUUGUGUGGAGAUGGUUUUUGGUGGUCAAAAAAGAUAUAGGUGUGAGCGGCUACUGCCCUCUUAUCAGUAGAGGCUAUAGGCUCUGCUAAACACCAUGUAAUGCCUGACUCUCCUCUUCACAGGAAAGAAUUACCCAGCCCAAAAUAUCACUAGUGCCAAGUUUGAGAUACCUAACCCUGGCCUAACUGUACACCUCUAUAGCUAUCUUUUACAGUUCUAGAAUAUUAAAACUUCAGAUAUUUAUGUGGGCAGAUAUUUAAAUGGCCAAAAGCAUUUUAGCUGUGAGACAUUACUGUGUAGUAUAUUGAAAAUAGGGAAUGGUGGAGAUUGUAGGUACUUUAUUCCCAUGGUGUUGUUUAUCAGUAGACUGAGACUUAGAAGCAAUCCUGGAACUAUCGGAGCUUGUAUAAAAUGAAUCACUUUUAAAGGCAGUCGCCUUCAAGAAUGGGAAGCUUUAGUUCCCCCUUCUUUAAAUCUGUUGUCUUAGUUUGAAUACAGAACUUACCAUUUCAAUCAUGUACUAAAAUGUUAUGUAAGAAAAUGUCAGAAGAUAGUAAAAAUGGUACCAGUGCCAAAAUGGUGACAGUAGUCGAUGAUGUUGAACCCAAUGAAUUGUUGAUUGAUUUCUAAAGUGAAGAAUAGUCAUUUGAGACUGAGAGAUUGAGGAAAUGUCCUCUGCAUCAGUAAAGAGGUGGUGAAAUGAUAGAAGUAGCUUUGUGUUAUGGUUAGGGAAAGCACUUGCUUAACUUAAUCUCUACAAGAGUCUAUGAAAGGGUAACUUCUUGCUUCAGAAUCUGAAAUUCAGAGAAAUCCUGCAGUAAGUAAGUGGCUGUUCUUUAUACAGCGGUGUAUUUUUGUCUUUUCCCCUUCAGGAUGACUAAACUUUAGAAUUCUGAAAGCAAAGGGCUAGCUUUGUCUGAUGAUUUGCCUACGGUGUCCUAAUGGUCGUUUAUCACAGUAAAGUGCUUUCUGAUGCACAAUGAAGUUGGAAAUGGCUGCACGAGUUCACUUUGUGUUUUCUGUUUUCUAGGGAUGAUAGCUUUAAUACAGUACUUCUGUUGACACACUA